AAACAAUCAAUCGUGACCGUCAGAUUUUUGUCCCAUUUUCCCUCAUCGGCAUGUAAAUACAUCUGAAAAAACUGUCGCUGAAAUUCUUACGUAGCUUUCCUUCGUUUAUUCUGCUUUUAGCGGCGCCGUGAAUCCAUGAUCGUCACGCUUAUCAGCUGAAAUUCUACUCCCGCUCUCACUUCAAACCUGAUGGUUUCCCCUAAAACUCUAGCCUUAAUCUCCCUUCUCUAUUUCACUUACAUUAAUUGUACAACCAUGAGCUGGAAUUUGAAGCAAUCUGCAUUUUGUAACAAUCUUUGAAGUGAAAAGAGUUUAAGUAUUGUGAAGCUUUUGAAGUAGUUGAAAGAGAAUGAGGACGAAGCGAAGACGAGCAUGGAGGAAACCUCCAGCCAAAAAAUCAACUGCAUUGGCCCAAAAUGAAAAAGCGACGAUCCAAAAUGAGGAAGCAUUUUUGAGUUUUGUUAACCAAAACAAUAAAGAAGAUUCUGUGUCUGCUGACUCAAAUGAUUUGGAAGUAGUUGAUAAGAACGACUCUGAAUCUGAUGACGCUGAGAGUAGUUCAUCGUCAUCGUCAUCGCCAUCUUCAAGUGACAGUGAUGAGUCAUUCGGGGCUGAAGAGAGUAGCUCUGAUGACUCAUCAACAGUUGGCAGGAGAUCUAGGAAAUCGAUUAAAGGAAGCGGUAAUGGAAAGCAGAAACCAAGUAAAUUGCCUAAAAAAGUGGGGAAAGAGGAUGUUAAGUCAUCUAGGGUAUUGCGUUCUUCCUGUAAAAACCAAAAUGAAUUUAAGAUGCCUCAGCAGGAUCCUUGCUACAAUAAGGAAGAACUGAAAGCUGCAUUGGAGGUAUGCUGAGAAUCGUUAUUGAUGCUAAUUUUUAGACAUUGUUUAUUAGCACUUUGAAUGCUUGAGAUGGACAGAAAAAGCACUGUCAAAUUUCUAAUGGAACAGUGUCUUGGUUUAUUGUUACCAAUCUGUUUGAAAGGAUUAAUGCAUUUUGUGCUUAUUUCUGUUUA